AUGGACAAUAGUUCAGACAGUGGCAAUCCAGUGGAUCUCAAAGGCAGCCCCAUAAAACAGCCUGUACCCUAUCGCUUCACAUUACGGGUGGUACUGCGCCCCCGUAAGCUAGCCACACCAAUUCCUCACUCCAGUGAAGAGGAGAGGAAGAUGAAGGCUGAGAAGAAGGGAACAGUCAGAUUUGAAGUUGAAGAGAAGCCCGUGACCGACGCAACACAGCCUGUUAAACAACAGUCAGAUUCUGAUUCUGAUGAUCUAGCACAGUCUGGCUCUUUUCUGGCCAAGAGAGCCCAGAACGUCAAGGCUAACAAAGCUAUGUUGGCUCAGUUGAUAGCAGACCUGCAUAAGAUGCCAGGAGCUGCCCUGCUGAAGAGUCACAAAGAAGGCAAUCUUAAAAAGGAGAAAGGCUCUCGAGCGCCCCGCUCCAAGGAAGCAGUAGAGAAGUCCAGGACGAACCCUAAGAGAUCCUCCCGGAGACUGACCCGCUCCAUGGGCGGAGCUGAGAGCUUGGAGGCACACCAGGAGGAGAGGGAGCUGGAGCUCAGUCUGGAGGAGGAACUAUUGGAGGUACGUGGUGAUCCGAGGAGGAAGGGUGCUCCGCGUCCCAAACAGGCCAAACCUCACAACAUAAGACCUGUGGAGGAGAUCACUGAGGACGUGCUACUGCUGGUGGCAGACCACACGACAGAGAAGGUGUACAACAGAGCCACAGGCUCAACGUGUCACCAGUGUCGCCAAAAGACUACCGACACCAAAACGUGUUGCCGUAGUGAGGAGUGUCGUGGUAUAGUUGGACAGUUCUGUGGCCCGUGUCUGAGGAACCGAUACGGAGAGGACGUCAGGAAAGCCCUGCUCGACCCGGACUGGCGGUGUCCACCGUGUCGAGGCAUAUGUAACUGCAGUUUCUGCCGUGCCAGAGACGGACGCUGCCCAACUGGAAUCCUAUUCCCUCUGGCUCAGUACCAUGGCUUCUCUGAUGUCCACUCUUACCUCAGCAGGUCAGCGCUACCCCGAACCCUUACUCUCUCUGGCUCAGGAUCCUGA